AUCCCAACAACACUACCGCCGACCACUACAUCAAAAACUUCAAAAACACCGGCGAAAAGCGAUAGAAGGAAAGACAACAUUAUCAUAGCGCUUUCAGUAAUGGUUGCGAUCUUACUCAUUGCCAUGGCAACAAUGGCGAUCUGUUUCAUUAGAAGAAUGGCAAAAACAACACAAGCUCAAGACAAUGGAAACAGAAGUAAUGCACAGCCAAAGGAGACACAUUACAUGGAUCUGCAGGGACAAAUUGCAACAACAGAUUCAACUUACGCAGGCUUGCAAUCUCAAUACGAAGAGAUACAUGAUGCUGCUCGGAAUUAUGAAAAUACGAAACAUCUUUCAAGCAUUUUAUGAGCUCAAAACCGGACAAUAUAUUCUUUUAUAAUCUUAGCCUACUUGAAGUUUAGAACAUUUUGUAUUAUUGUCAUUAAAAAAUUUUUAGGUAAAUGUCAUUUUUAUAUUGUAGAUGUAGAUGAAUUUUUCCUUCAUUUUUUGGUUGAAAUUAGAUAAUCUUUCUAAUAUUACAGACGAAUGAAUUUUGAAGGGGCAAAUGGAAAUGAAGUUUUUGAAUGAUCUUUUGUAGCAAAUCCUUUGAAUGACUUUGGGUUAGCCUGUGCCCCAGUGCCUCCUCAAAUCGACCGUCAACUCCACCGCUUACAGAAGCUGUGCCAUCUUCCGUCGCCAUUUUAAACCGUUGACAUUUUCAGCUAAUUGCAUAAUUUUGGAGAGUUGCAUAAAUUACCACCAGAUACUGGUGAAAACUGUGGACAGGAUAUUUAUCAAUAUUGGACAGUCCAUAGAUGCGGCAGCAUUUGUGGACUGGGGCACAGGCUACUUUGGGUAGGCAUUGCAAAUUAUUUCGGUAGUUUUUCAAGUGUCCAGGUGAAAAAGCAAUUCAUAGAAAAUGAUCAUACUUUACGUUUUAGGCAACAUAGUGUGUGGUGUUUAAUCAAUUCAACACGAGAAACAUAACUCCUAUUUACAUGACUUUCUGGUUAGUUUCUGAGAUUUUACUGCUCAAACGGCUUACAGUUCUGCUUUUUUUUAGAUUUCUUUCAAAUUCCUUCGUCUGUUUUUUGCUCUUACAGUUUUAUUUUCUGUUCUAUUAUUUUGUAGACCCUUUCAACAUUUUAGUUGCUUUCUUCCAACCCCACAUUUCACCUUUCUUCUUUACUAUGCUAUUUUCCUUACUUUUUAAAUUGUCCCAGCUCUAUUCUCAAAUUUACUUUUUGUUAAUCCUUUCCAAUCUGUGCCCCAUUUGCUACCGCUGAGCCCCAAACUCGUUGCUUUAACUCCACUCCAAAUUAUUAUAAAACACUUUUUUCGUAAAUGAAUUUAUCUAGUGUAACACUUGGUUUCUCGUUGAAAUGUUUUUGCAAGGCAAGUCUAUCUUUUGCUAGUUUACAAGCUUAUUUCCAUUCGAUUUUAUAAAUAAUCCGUAGGUUUUAGUUUCGGGCAGCCUCUUGGUCUUGUAUAUUUUUCAUCAGUUAUGCUAAGGCUAGCUUUGUAGGGGUUUGUUCUGGUGAACUAAGUUCAUGUCCCAACUAGCUAAGUUUACCUUUUUCGAUUAUCUUACUCCAUGGAGUUUUAUUGGUUUGUUGGUAGAUAUCAUCAUUUUCAUUACAUUUUGAUAAUUCAUGUUAAAGAUGUAUGUUUGUAAUCGUCUUCUAUAAAAACUGUCACUUUAUUUUCGGUACUUUAUUUUCGUUAAAGCUCAGAGUUUUGAGCUGUGUAGGAAUUUGGAUGUAACGUAGGUGCUGAUGUAUUUUUUGUUAGAGAUUAAUUUCAGUAUGUUCGCAGAUUGAAUGAUGAUACCUUUGCGUCGGCUGAUGUCGUUUCCUUUAUCUAGUACACUAUCAAGGAGCUGUGGUAAAAUUUAUAUCUUAUAUUAAUAUCUAUUUAUUCAGUUUUGCUUGUAUUUAUGAUCAAUUUGCGCUUCGAAAGAAUUUCUGGUAAAUCUGGUAGGUUUUUUAGUGUAGGUGUAGUCUUAUGUUUUGCUUGUGAUGUCGCCUGCAUAUUCUAGGUCUAAUGUUAUGUGAUUUUGCUGUUGUUGUAUGUUGUAACUAUUAUCUCCAUCUGCGUGGGUUCUUUUACAGCAGUUACGAUCUUGCAUUGAUGUAGGCUGGUCAUUGAACGCAAGGAAAGCCCAUUUCUGUAAGCACAAUCUUUUCCGUUCCUCGUUGACUCUUUCUUUCGAGCACAUUCCAAAUGAUAAUUCACUGAUUACUUGAGAAUUGAUAUUUCCUGUCCUUGAUAUAUUACAGUGAUCUCAAAAGAUUUUCUAGUAAACUAAAUCUUAAUUGUAAUUUUGCAGAAGUUGCGCCUUCGUUCUUUUCCAGUUGCAUCAGAAGUAGCUUGGGUUUCUUUGUAACUUUUUGUUUCUUUUCAUCGCCUGGAAAAUGCUUUAUGCAGUUGCCAGUGCCUUCUCGCGUAUCUUAUUUAUAUUUGCAUUCAAAUAUCUGGUUGUAAAAAUGGUAUACACAAUAAAUUUUUCAAAAAGGACACUUUUUACACUUUUUCCAAGUAUGUGAGGCAGUACCUCCCUUGGACGCCCGGCUCCGGCGGCCUUGAAAAGGCAGCAUUGAACUUUGCCAAACAAAUAUUUGCGCAUAAAUUAGCACAAAAUAUACCAAGAAUACGUAGCAUGAGCCAAAAAUUAUGUAUUUUCAUGGUUGCUUUUCAAGGAUGUGCUUCAAAAGGAUUGUUUCAUUACAAAAUGCAAACUCUUGAAAUGGACAGAGCCAAAUCAGAGGAUUUGUUUGCGAAUGGCUACCAAAAUUAAAAGGCAGUAAAGUUGUAAAAUUCCACUUGUUAUUCUAGUUUUCUUCAAAUGUACAUGUUUAAAAAGUCAAAAAGUACUCCUUAAAAUAGCAAUGACUCAAAACAAUAUAAAUUAGUAGCA